AUGACAGCCUUUGAGAAGAAGAAAUGGUCUGGUGCUCAGACUGCAACUGGCAAACACAUCAAGAAAAAAGCCCGUGCUCGUCGCGCCUCAGUGGCCGCUCUAUCGGAGCUGCGUCGAGAGGAGCGCGAUGUCUUCGCUUUGCGUCAGCGUUCGCACUGGCAGCGCAUCUUCAACCUCUUCGACGAAGAUGGUCAGGGCUCUAUUGACCGUGGAGAGAUGCGUGAUCUUCUCGUCAAAUUUGCCUGCGAUGCCAAGCCAGAGCAGCUAGACACAAUAAUUGACAAUCUUGACAAUGACAACUCUGGGGAGAUCUCCUUUGACGAAUUUUUUUCGUUUGCAACAAAGCUUACACAUUACGUUGCUUCGUGCGACCCUGAUGAGCUCGUCCAUGAUAUGUUCAAUCUCCUAGAUCAGGAUGGUUCGGGGACGAUUACUGUGCAUGAGAUGCACAACGUCGUCCACGAGAUGCUUGGCCAGGAUCUUUCCGUUGAAGACGUCUUCAACGUUGUCCAAGACAUCGAUGUCGAUGGCAAUGGCGAGCUUGAUAUGGAGGAGUUUUCUGUUCUCCUUGAGCGAUUUGGCAUCUACCACUGA